AUGAGCUGGACUAUGCCCUCUCCUUCAUUCACCUUUACUAGAAAUAUGGAGAACAGAAAUCAAUCAACAGUGACUGAAUUUAUCUUCACUGGGUUCCCUCAGCUUCAGGAUGGUAGUCUCCUGUACUUCUUUCCUUUACUUUUCAUCUAUACUUUUAUUAUCAUUAGUAACUUACUAAUUUUUUCUGCUGUAAGGCUGAACACCCAUCUCCACAACCCCAUGUAUAAUUUUAUUAGUAUAUUUUCCUUUCUGGAGAUCUGGUACAGCACAGCCACCAUUCCCAAGAUGCUCUCCAACCUCAUCAGUGAAAAGAAGGCCAUCUCCAUGACUAGCUGCCUCUUGCAGAUGUAUUUCUUCCACUCACUUGGAAAUUCAGAGGGCAUCUUACUGACCACCAUGGCCAUUGACAGAUACGUUGCCAUCUGCAGCCCUCUUCGCUAUCAUAUGAUCAUGACCCCCUGGCUCUGUGCUCAGCUCUCUGCAGGUUCCUGUAUCUUUGGUUUCCUUAUCCUGCUUCCCGAGAUUGUGAUAAUUUCCACACUGCCUUUCUGUGGGCCCAACCAAAUCCAUCAGAUCUUCUGUGACUUGGUCCCCGUGCUGAGCCUGGCCUGUACAGACACGUCCAUGAUUCUGAUUGAGGAUGUGAUCCAUGCUGUGACCAUCAUCAUUACCGGUCUAAUCAUUGCCCUGUCCUAUAUAAGAAUUAUCACUGUGAUACUGAGGAUUCCAUCUGCUGAAGGGAGGGGAAAGGCUUUUUCUAGCUGUGCAGGCCACCUCAUGGUCUUCCUGAUAUUCUUUGGCAGUGUAUCACUCAUGUACUUGCGUUUCAGUGACACUUAUCCGCCGGUUUUGGACACAGCCAUUGCACUGAUGUUUACUGUACUUACUCCAUUCUUCAAUCCCAUCAUUUAUAGCCUGAGAAACAAGGACAUGAAGAAUGCAAUUAAAAAACUGCUCUGUCUUCAAAAAGUGUUGACCAAGUCUGGCAAGUCUGGAGGUUAA